AUGCCGGGCCUCGUCUCCGCCACAGGCGUCCUUGCCUUUCUCGCCGAUGAGGAGCCUGAACUCAAGGUCUACGCCCUCCAGACCCUCAACGAUGAUGUUGACACUGUUUGGACAGAGGUUGCUGGGUCUCUGAGCGAUAUUGAGGCGAUUUAUGAAGACGAGACCUUUCCCGAACGCCAACUAGCAGCGCUUGUCCUUUCCAAAGUCUACUAUCACCUCCAAGCGUAUAAUGACAGCAUGAACUUUGCGCUUGCCGCCGGUGACCUCUUCAAGCUCGACGCACCCGGCGAGUUCGAGGAGACCAUCAUCUCAAAGUGCAUCGAUCAGUACAUCGCGGUCAACGCCUCCGAGCAUGUCCCCAAGUCCUCGCGAGUGGAUACCAGCCUCCCUCUCCUUGCGGAUACCUUCACCGGUGCCGAUGGCUCUUCCAUCAUCUCGCCCACGACCCCUUUCUCCCAGACAACUCUUCCCCCAAGGUCGCUGCUCUCUCGGGCAUCUGUGGACAAUGCCAUGCUAGAGCCCUCUUUCCAGCCAAUCGGAAAGAUAGGUCGCCUUGGCUCUAUCGCGCAAAUAUCCGAUCGAGUGGGGAUCGCUGUUGAGGCCAAGAAGCUGGACGUCCUUCAGCGCGUCAUCAAGCGCGCCAAGGAGGACUCUAGCGGGGAUGCCGCCACCUCAGCCGAAGAGUUGAUGGAUUAUGCCCUUAGCAUCUGCCUAGAUAUCGUUCAGGAGAGGAGCUGGCGUACUGAGAUACUUCGCCUCAUUCUUGAGCUUCUCAACGACAUCCCUAACCCGGAUUAUUUCGCCAUCGCCAAGUGCGUCGUCUACCUCGACGCUGACGAGGAGGCAUCUACGCUCCUCCGGACGCUCGUUGAACAAGACGACAAGGUGUCCGUGGCCAAUGCUUACCAAAUCGCUUUUGACCUCUACGAUAAUAGCACGCAAGAGUUCCUUGGCAAGGUUAUCAAGUCCCUGCCUAGCGGCGAGGUCAAGCCUAAGCCCAACCAGGCGAGCGUCGUAGACGAGGCGGCCGCCGAGAGCGAGCCCCUACUGUCCGAGGACGCCCAGGACAGCUCUUCCGCUGACGUUGAGGAUCUCCCCGAGAACUUGGCCAAGGCGUACAAGAACAUUCGAUCCAUCCUUACCGGCAGCAAGACGAUUCAACUCAACCUCGAGUUCCUCUACCGCAACAACCACACCGAUCUCAGCAUCCUCAACAAGGUUCGCGACAGCCUAGAAGGACGCAACUCCAUCUUCCAUACCGCCCUGACCUUCUGCAACGCUUUCAUGAACCAGGGCACGACGAAUGACAAGUUCUUCCGCGACAACCUUGAAUGGCUCGGCAAGGCUGUCAACUGGUCCAAGUUCACGGCCACCGCCGCCCUCGGUGUUAUCCACCGUGGAAACUUGAGCCAAGCCCGCAAGCUUCUCGAACCCUACCUGCCUCGCGAAGGAGGCCCCAAUGGUGGUUCCAUCUUCAGCCGUGGCGGUGCGCUCUAUGCCUAUGGUCUCAUCCACGCCAACCACGGUGCUGGUGCCCUCGAGUAUCUUAAGACCAAGUUCAUCCAGGCUGAGGAGGAGGUCAUUCAGCAUGGUGGUGCUCUCGGUCUUGGUAUCGCGGGUAUGGCGACGGGCUCUGAGGAGAUCUUUGACCACCUCAAGAACGUCCUAUUCACCGACUCCGCCCUCAACGGUGAGGCUGUCGGUCUCGCCAUGGGUCUCAUCAUGUUGGGCACCGGCAACGUAUCGGCCAUUCAGACGAUGCUCAGCUACGCCCGCGACACGACGCACGAGAAGAUCGUGCGAGGCAUCGCCAUUGGUAUGGCUCUCAUCAUGUACGGCCGCCAGGAGGGCGCCGACGUCAUGAUUGAGGGCCUCCUCAAUGACCCCGACCCAACCCUCCGAUAUGGUGGCAUCAUGACUGUUGCCCUCGCCUACUGCGGCACGGGUAGCAACAAGGCCGUCCGCAAGCUUCUGCACGUGGCGGUGAGCGACGUGAGCGAUGAUGUGCGACGAAUUGCGGUGAUGAGUCUUGGCUUCAUCCUCUUCAGGAAGCCCGGCAGCGUGCCUCGCAUGGUCGAGCUCCUCUCCGAGUCGUACAACCCCCACGUUCGCUACGGUUCGGCCAUGGCCCUCGGUAUCUCGUGUGCGGGUACCGGCCUAGAUGAGGCCAUUGACCUGCUCGAGCCCAUGAUGAAGGACCCGACCGAUUUUGUCAGGCAGGGUGCUCUGAUUGCACUAUCGAUGAUCAUGGUUCAGCAAAACGAGGCAAUGAACCCCAAGGUCGGCGCAAUCCGAAAGACGCUGAAGAAGGUCGUUGGCGACCGCCACGAGGACGCCAUGACCAAGUUCGGUGCAGCCCUCGCCCUCGGCAUCAUCGACGCUGGCGGCCGCAACUGCACUAUUGGCCUCCAAACCCAGACCGGUAAUCUCAACAUGGCGGGUAUUGUCGGUAUGGCUGUAUUUACCCAGUACUGGUACUGGUUCCCCUUCACCCACUUCCUGUCACUCAGCUUCUCUCCCACAUCCAUCAUUGGUCUCGACCACGAUCUGGAGAUUCCCGACACCAAGUUCUACUCGGCGACCCGCCCCAGCCUCUUUGAUUACCCACCCGAGCAGGAGGCAAAGGCCGAGGAGGGGCCCGCGCUCAUCGCUACGGCCAUCCUCUCCACCACGGCGCAUGCCAAGAGGCGCGCUCAGAGGAAGGAGAGGGCGAUGAGGCGGGAGAGCAUGGAUCUUGACAUCCCCGCUACCAAGGCCACAGGCGCUGCCGGAGGCGAAUCUAGCGAAAAGAUGGAUGUUGAUGAGGAGAAGGACAAGAAGGACGAAAAGGAGAAGAAGGAUGAGUCCAAGGAUGAGAAGAAGGAUGGCGAGGCGGCCGCUCCUGAUUCGAAGAAGAAGGCAGAGAAGGAGAAGGUGGGCUACGAUAUGGACAAUAUGUCGAGGGUGUUGCCAGGGCAGCUGAAGUACAUCAGCUUCCCUUCCGGCAGGUAUAAGCCCGUCAAGAAGCCUACUGGUGGUCCCAUUCUCCUGCACGACACUCGCCCUGACGAGCCCAAGGCCCUCGUUGAGGAGAAGCUCAAGAAAGUAACGACGGAGCGCGCUCCUGUUGCCCCCACGGGUGGCGGUGGGGCUCGUGGAGGUCGCUCUAGCCUCGGCGCGAGCAACCCCUUCAUCGACGCUCUACAGCGCCAGGCGGGCGGUGACCUAACCCUCCGCGAACUCAACAACCUCUUCCGGCCGUCCCGUGAUGGCGCUGGUGCGGGUGGUUCGUCGGACGCUGCUGGUGCCGCAGAGCCUGGCAGCGGUGCAGCAGCGGCUGCGGGCGUGUUGACCGCGGUGGACGAGGAUGGCGAGGGAGAUGAGGAAGCCACCGUCCCCAGGGAGUUCAACUACUACACGGAUGAUGAGGAGGAGGAAGAAUAA